UCGGCAAAGAGAAGGAGGGAGGGGAAGGAAGGGAAGGAGGGAGAAAGGAAGAGGGGAGUGCACGAAGCAAACCCCAACGCCGGGAUAUCUUGCUGUUCCGGCUCGAGGGUUCCCGUCGAGAGAAAGCAACCUGCUCAGGAUCACCUGGUCUCCACCUCUAGAGCUAUGGAGCGGAGGAAGCAGAUAAGAUGGAGAACUACUUUAUUACAACAAUGUCUUUUGCUGCUGACCUAUGUUGUAAUUAUAUUGGAAGCAGUGCCGAUAGAUGUGGACAAGACAAAAGUACAGGAGGAAGAAAAAGACAGUGCAAAAGUAGAUAAUCCGGACACUGGAUUGUAUUAUGAUGCCUAUCUCAGGCAAGUGAUAGAAGUUUUGGAGACAGACACACAUUUCAGAGAAAAACUCCAAACAGCAAACAUAGAGGAAAUAAAGAGUGGAAAGUUAAGCAAAGAGCUAGACUUAGUUGGCCAUAAGGUGAGAACAAAACUGGAUGAACUGAAAAGGCAGGAAGUUGCAAGAUUAAGGAUGUUAAUCAAAGCCAAGAUUGAUGCAUUUCAAGAUUCUGGCAUAGACCAUCAAGCUCUUCUCAAACAGUUUGAGCAUCUGAACCAUCAUAACCCUCACACUUUUGAAGUUAAAGAUUUAGACAUGCUAAUCAAAGCUGCUACACAUGACUUAGAAAACUAUGACAAAACCCAUCAUGAGGAGUUUAAGAAGUAUGAGAUGAUGAAAGAACAUGAAAGGAGAGAAUAUUUAAAAACACUGGAUGAAGAAAAGAGGCACCAAGAAGAAGCUAAAUAUGAGGAAAUGAAAAAAAAGCACGGUGAUCACCCCAAAGUUAAUCAUCCUGGAAGUAAAGACCAAUUGAAAGAGGUAUGGGAGGAAGCAGAUGGCUUAGACCCCAAUGAUUUUGAUCCAAAGACUUUCUUCAAAUUGCACGAUGUCAAUGCUGAUGGUUUUCUGGAUGAACAGGAAUUAGAAGCUCUAUUUACCAGGGAGCUAGAGAAAGUCUAUGACCCCAAAAAUGAAGAGGAUGAUAUGGUUGAAAUGGAAGAAGAGAGGCUACGAAUGAGAGAGCAUGUCAUGAAUGAGGUUGACAUCAACAAAGACCGGUUAGUCACCAUGGAAGAGUUCAUGAGAGCUACGCAGAAAAGAGAGUUUUUGGAGCCAGAAGGCUGGGAGACUCUGGAUCAGCAGCAGGUCUUUACUGAAGAAGAUCUGAAGGAAUUUGAAAGUCACAUUUACCAGCAAGAAGAUGAAUUGCAGAAGCAGGCAUUAGAACUUCAGAAAAAGAGGGAAGAGCUACAGCGGCAACAAGACUUCCUUCAGACUCAGAAACAAGAACUUGAAAUGGCUGUUAAACAAAUGGAACAGAAGAAGUUACAGCAAGGACAUCCGCCAUCAAGUCCAGAUGGAGAACUGAAAUUUCAACCAGCUGUGUCACAAUUAGAUGGAAAUGUGCAAAAUCAUCCAGUGGGAGGCAAUCAGCCUUUGGCGGCAGGAAAUAUACCAGUGCAAGAAGCAGCUGCUAGAUCAGAUCACGUCCAGUCUCAUCCUUAACCAUUUGUGCCUCGGUUUAUACAUAUUUUGGGGGUGGGUGGGUGGGUGAAAUAAUCAGAGACUAAAAAGAAAUGUGAAAAGAAGGAUAAUUUUAUGUUUCAUUUCACAUGUGGGAUUCAUACAGGAUUAAAAUCCAAAUUCAGUGUGUAGAUCUUCAAAGGCACAAAUGAUAUAAUACAGGAUCUUAAAGUUGUUGAUAUUCUUUUUUUGUCGUUACACAUAGGUAGACAACAGGAUAUCCAACUUUUCCCCUGCAGAAUUUUUUUUGGUCUCAGGUAUAAUUUGGCUUCCUAUCAUUUGUGCUUUUGAAAAUCUUUUUCCUGUUUCACCGUUAAAUCAUUUACAGAGAUACUGUCAAGCAGAAAGUUAAGAUGAGUAAACCCUUUAAAUUUCUUGAUGUUCUCCAUUGCUAAUGGGUUUGAAGUUGGAGAAGUUUAGAACUGGUCUAAACAAAAGAUAACACUUCCACCUCCAUUUUAGUUCAUGAUGGUAUGUUUCCAAAAGUGCCAACAACUUAGAGCUGUAAUUUUAUGGCUAUGGAUGAAUGAGUUGUAACAAUUCCUUUGGUUUUCAAGAUCCAUUGAAAAGAAACAUCUGUGAUCCAAUUUCAAAAAAUUCUACUUUUUAAAAGAAGUGUAAUUGCAGCACGGAGCCAUGGGAAACAGUGAAUGUAUCUUCUGUUUUAUAAAAGCUUAUGAAUAUCAAUGUGACAAAUCUUCACACUGAAAUACUGUGCAUUAAAGUGCAUUGAUUUAGCCAUCUUUACUGUUGCUAACUAAAUGCAAUUCAUCGCUGCAUUUUGGCUGCAAAGAGGAUACUUUUCUUCGCCUCCUUUUUGUAACAUGCCAGUUGCAUUUAUCUCUCUAUGAAGUAUGAAAGGAAAGCUCUUUAGAUGGCAGAAAUAUUUUUAAAAUUAACAAAGACCUUGCAUUGUCUUUUCCUUCUUCAUCAAAGAGUCAUUUCAGAACCAUCAGUGUAUUUCAAACAAUGUUUGUCAGAAACUACAUUUUGAAUGUUAUUGAAAUACUUAAAUUACAUUACUAGACAGGACUACAAGGGCAAAAGGCGUGCAUAUAAACAUUCUCCAUCAUAUUAACACAAAUAGAAAUGUCCAGAACCUUACAGGCCAAAUCCAAUGUAUUAUUUCAACCAGUAAAUGCAUCCUCUCCUCCUUUAUGUUAACUUUGAUUUUGAUGCAAUUACUGUUGAUGUAAAUAGAAAUGUUUGCUGGUCUAAAUUCUCCUCAAUUCGUAAUAAGACUUAAAAUCCAAAUUAUUUUCUGAGGGUAACAUUUCUUUGUGACUGAAAAAGAAAAGGGAUGAUUAAAAAAUAAGAACACAAAGCCAUCUUGUUACUGAAAAAUUAUAAUUUUAUUUCCAGGAAAUGGGACAUAAUGUAUAAUUAUUUAUAUAGGCGGUGUUUUUUUUAAACCCAGAGUUUUUGUAUAUAACAAAAUGAAGAACACACUCUUUUAACAGAAAAAUUAAAGGAUUACUGAUUAACAAAGUUUGCAUAAUACUGAUUAUGACCUCCAAAAGGAUUAAACUUUCUUUUUUAUAAAACAAUUUUAACAAUUUAAAAAAAUCUGUUCUUUCCUGAGCGACCUUUUCAUGCUUUACGUAUUACAUAGAACUAGGAGGUUUCCCAUUUUGGAUCUUAUUAAGGACCAUGGGAUUCCAAGUAGAUAAUUUGAAGACCCUGUGCAAGUUUUCUUUCUCUCUUGGAUUAAUUGGAGUAUGUGACCUCUUCCCUGUUCAGUAUUUUCCUUUAAUCUCACUUACCCAAGGCUGUAAUUGAACCAGUGGCGAAAUGUGCCAAAAGCAGAAUGUAAAGUCCUAAAGGCUCUAUAAAGUAGUAAGUUCUCACAACUUUCCUCUUAUAGUUAGAAACAUAAUAUCGGAAUUUUUUAAUGCAGUCAGCCUGUUGUUAGGUUUGCGAAUGGAGUUUGUUCCUCUUUUAAGCUAACUAGAUACUUCCCUGUUUGCUCUGUGUAGUUCUAGGACAUAUUGCAUGGUGUAGGGCAGCCAAAUGGAAGGAACCAUUUAUUUAUUUCUUAUACCAUAGACGCAACCAAUCAACAGAAACUUCCACAAAAAGUUUUCCGUUUUCUAGAGUCAACAUCUUGAACACAUAUUGUGAACCUUUCUUGUGGGUUACAAAUAUGACUGGUAAAAGCUAUCUUCUCUUUUUUUUUGUCAAGCACAUUUUUAUACCUCUAUUAAUAUACUGCCCUUUAAUUUUAUAUGGUAUUCAUCCCUUUGUUUUAGGUUAUAAAUACAAUCAAAGAAUUGGAUAGUGUGCAAUCCAAUCCCAGUUAUUGUCUUUUUCAGUUUGCUUUCUAAAAUGUUCAGUUUAUCAAUGUCUUAUUGUAAAUGUCCUACUCCCUACCAAGUAAAAUUUGCAAAGAGAGAUGGAGUAUGAUCACCCGCGGAGGCCAGUGAAACUAUUCACAGCACCAGGGACGAUGACAAUUGGAAUCAGAUUGCAUACUUUUUCACCCAAUUAUUGUUAAUUGGAAUUUGAUAGCAAUGGAUUUUAGAAUUGAGAAGGGGAGGGGGAACACCAUAAAUUUGAACUAUCUACAGGUAGAAGAGGAAGAUCUGGCGGUUGCCAAAUUAUCUGCUCUUCCAGUCUCCUCAUCCCAAGAUCACUCAUCCAAUCCCCUGAACAAGAGGAACUGUGAAAUUCAGUAUCCCAUUUGCCUUCCAUUGAGAGGGAGCCACUGGCAUUUCAUUUCCAAAUGGAUUGUAAAAUAAGUUAUAUUCCUUUCUUCUCAAAGCAAGUUGUAUUCAGAUGGUACAUUUCUGGUGGUGGCCAAUUUAUCAUAGAAGUGGUUGGCUUACUAUCAGGUUUCCUGCACAACUUCAUCUUGAACCUAACCUUAUUAGGACAAAAAUACCUUGGAUGUAAAGAAUGGCAAAGUUGUACAUAUCCAUAUGCUCUCAAGUGCAAUAUUUGUAAGAAGAAUGUUGUUCCACUUGUGCUUUGUAUAAUUUUUAAUCAGAUUAAAUUGGAUUCAAACUCA